AUGCCAUCUCAAGGGUCGAUCCUCUUUGUCGACGCAUACGACUCAUUCGCAGAGAAUAUAGUUGCUCUCCUUCAUGAGUACCUCCAAGUCGAAGUCACUGUGGUCAAGAUCGAUUGUGAUAUCCCGGCCCAAUUCAACCGCUCUCCGCAGGCAUUCUUUGCCAGUUUCGAUGCAAUAGUCCUGGGUCCUGGUCCGGGAAACCCACACAAUGAGUCAGAUGUUGGUCUCUACAACAAGGUCUGGGCCUGUGCCGCCAAAGACAAUAUUCCGGUGUUGGGCAUAUGUCUAGGUUUCCAGAGCCUAUGUGUUCAGCAUGGAAUCCCCGUCGUGCGCCUGGAUCUGCCAUGUCAUGGACACGCUAAGGUGAUAUAUCACACCGAUACGGAUGUCUUCUGUCGUUCAGGAAGCAUUAUUGCUACAAACUACAACAGCUUAGGGGCUCGCCUGAGAUCAUUCAAGCGAAAUGGAUCCCCGAGUCGUCCAAGUUCCUCUGCCUCGAGCGAGAGCGUGUUGUCCCUGCGCAGCCUGCCAUCUACCGUGUCAGGCCCUUUCGACCCUUUGGCUGAACUAUCGCCAUACCAGACAUGCAACAAUCUGGAGGUCCUGGCCUGGGAUAGCGAUGGUUGGGUCAUGGCAGUCAGACACAAGCACUUUGCGUUUCACGGUUUCCAGUUUCACCCUGAAUCGUGCAAGUCCAGUUUGGCUUGCCAAACGGUCAUCAAACAGUGGUGGGAUACUACACGAAAGCACAACGCUGUGCAUCGAGAUCUUGAGUCUGCCACAGAGGCGCCUUCUCGCAGUUUUGCGGAAGUGGCUCUUGCUCGUGAGAGCACUGUCUUGUCUGAAAAGCUAGAGUUACUCUCAAAGUCAUGCAACGGCACCAUCUGUCAGAAGACCCUACAUCUACCGCUCGGGAGCAGGGCUAUUGCCAAUCUAUGCCAACAAAGAUCACCGCCCGACGCUUCUGUGAUGCUGGAGUCUACCAAAAGGGGUCAAUACAGCAUAUACGCCUUCCCUGACGAAUGCAGUUUUCACUUGGAAUAUACUGGCGGAUGUGCUAAGCUCUCACAAGGGUCCGGCCCUGCUACCAAUCACCUGCUCGCUCGCGAACAUUUGGUGGAAAACCUGGAAGCUUUUCUUGCUAGCAAGACUCUUCGAGAGCACGCUGCGUCUGAAGUCCCGUUCAGGGGUGGCUUCAUGGGGUUUCUGUCGUAUGAAUUUGGAACAGCAUCAUUGCAUCUUGAUGUGCCAGAAGACACCAGAAUACCGGUCUCCACGCCUGAGCUCAGCCUCCUCUGGGUGGAACGCAGUAUUAUCUUUAAUCAUUAUACCGGGACGGCUCAUGUGCAGUCAAUAAGGAAGAACGACAGCGCUUGGGUCAAUGGAGUAGCCGAUGAGCUGCGUACUAUGCCUCUAUCCCAAGCAACAGCAGCUUUGAGUCCUUCUGAAACCGACAGAUUGCUCCAGGUUUUGUCCUCGACAACCUUUGCCCUCCCAGACCACGACACGUAUAUUUCUCGCAUUCGCGAAUGUCAAGCCGAGCUCCUCGCGGGCAACUCGUACGAACUAUGUCUCACUACUGAGGCAACUGUCACGACAGCUGCUGUCCCCGAUGGCCCCUGGCUGCUUUACAACAACAUUCAACAACACAACCCUGUUCCUUUUGCAGCUUUCGUCCGCCUCCACCAAACCACCAUCCUCUCCUCUUCGCCCGAGCAGUUCCUCUCUUGGUCUGCCGAGAACGGCGCCAUCGACAUGAUCCCCAUGAAAGGAACGGUCAAGAAAACUCCAGAGACGACCCUUGCCAAAGCUAUUGCGAUCUUGUCGUCUGCGAAGGAAAGCGCCGAGAACUUGAUGAUUGCAGACCUUAUCCGGCAUGACCUAUACAGCACCGUGGGCCGUGACGCGAAAGUUGAGGUGGUGAAAUUAUGUGAUGUGGUCGAGUCAGAAACGGUCUACUCGCUCGUCUCGCACAUCCGUGCCCACGUUCCACAUUCCCCAACAGCGGAUCCGAAGUCCAGCGAACACGCGAAAGAGAUGACUAGUUACGGCGUGAGAGCACUUACUCGCACGCUACCACCGGGCAGUAUGACGGGAGCCCCCAAGAAGCGGUCCUGCGAGAUCCUUCACCGUCUGGAGCAAAGAGAGCGUGGUGUCUACUCCGGGGCUAUCGGGUACAUGGAUGUUGGUGGCAACGGCGCUUGGUCGGUGUGUAUACGCACCGCCUUCUCAAACGACGACCAGACAGAGAUGGACCAGAGUACAGGCGAAAAGAUGAUGAAAUGGCGAAUUGGAGCCGGCGGAGCGAUCACUGUGCUCAGCGACGAGGAGCAGGAAUGGGAGGAAAUGAUGACAAAGUUGGACAGCGUUUUACGAGGCUUUCAGAUGAACUGA